AUGAAGAUCUCAUCAAUUACUUUAUUUGCUGCUGUGGUGGCAGGGUCCUUUGCCGAAGCGGUCCCAGCCCAUCGUCGUGGAGCGGAUCUGAAGCCCAGGUACUAUUUUCCAAGGGUCGUGAAGAGGCAGGUCGUCACAUUUGACAACUCGACCACGACGGAUUCAGGGAUAGGUAGCUUGAUUUCGUCGGUAUCUGAUGCUCUGUCCGGGGUCGCAUCAGCAAUCUCGGGCGAUUCGUCAACGACGACACCAGCAACCACCGACGCACAGACGACCGACACCGCUUCAGUCGAUACUGCCACAGUGACCGACACUUCCACCAACACGGGGACGGAUCCAGCGACAACGCCUACAGAUACGGCUACGCCUUCAGCUACAGAUACAAGCAUCGCCACGAUCACGGAUGCUUCCGGUAAUCCAUCAGCAACUGACGUUCCUACCAGUAUCAACACUGAUACCACUGCGACUGGAACGGACACGGCCACCAUCACCGACACGGCUACCACGAGCUCGACAUCCGACGAUGGCGGUAUCACUCUUGGACUUGGUUCGAUCAUUACGAGUGAUUCAUCCUCAGACACGACCACUGCCACCACAACAGACACGGCGGCUGCGGCAUCGAGCACUGCUGCAGCGGAGUCAGCUCUCUCAUCUGCCAGCGAUGCUGCAACUUCAAUUUUGUCCGUUGCGAGCUCUUUACAAUCAGUUGCGGCGACAGCCUCGGGUACAGACAUCGCUUCUAUUUCGUCAGCCUUGUCCUCAGCUGCAGAGGUCGCGUCUUCAAUUGCGUCCGAUGUGAGCUCAGCAAAUUCGGUCAUCACUUCCGCAACUGCCACUACCACUUCGAGCCCGGCUGAUGUGACUUCUGAUCUCGGCUCCUAUAUCUCUGAUGCAACGUCGACGCCCCCAAUCACGUCGCCAACCAUCACGGAUGGGAAUACGCCAACUGGUACACCCACCACUACGCCGACAGACUCUCCAACGCCGCCGCCGCCAACAGACAGUUCUACCACCAGUCCAAUGUCGCCUACGGAUUCACCCACAGGUGACCCAACUAUCUCCACGACCACCAGCCCCCCGACUGUUGGUCCAACCGAUCCCCCUACCACCACUCCAACCACUACUCCAACUGAUACACCGACUGAUCCUCCGACGACCACGCCUAUCGGUCCGACAGAUACCCCCGGCAAUAACACGGUCACGACUCCUACCAUGACACCAACUGACACAGCCAGCGACACCCCGACAACUUUCCCUACCGUGACUCCAACGCCAUUCAUUGGGAAUUUGACGACCCCAGUUGUGACCCCUACCACGACUGACAAAUCCACAACCUCGGGGCCCCUGGUCAACACUGUCAAGCCCACUGGGACGGACUCGGCGACGGCUUUCACUCCGGAUUCAAGCAUCAUUUCUGCUACGACAACUGCCCCCACUGAAACGUCCAAGUCAGCUUCGACAAGCGCUGCGGUUCUCCCGACGACUCUCCCUCGAGUGAUUCAGCCUCAAGGCGGUGUGCCUGAUGCGCCAAAUAACUCUACCUUGAUCCAGCUUGGAUUUAAUUACGGUCUCAACUACGCUUUUGUCGUGUCGUCGCCCACUGCUGUGUCUCAGAUAUUCUCUUAUCUCCCUGUUGGUGUUUCUCACGGGCUGGGUAUUGAUCUGAGUGAAGUUGUGAUGCAGUACCUCCAACCGUACAAUACCCUGGAUACCUUGAACUACAUUACGACAUUAGCCAUGGCUUUCAUCCCGUCGGACAAAGUUGAUACUCUCUCCCUGCAACUCCUGAACCCUAACUCGGAUCUCUACAACAAUCCGAACCCCUCUGUGGUGACUCUGAUGAGUAUGAUUGACCCUUCGAUUCCAAUUCUGCCUGGAUCUCAAAUGGCCGGUGGAGGUACGCCUGUGAACUCGGCAAAUUCUGCCGCCACCACUUCUGACCAAGGUGGUUCUGGCGAUGACGGCGCUCCCAGUAGUUCGGACUCUGGAAGCUCUCCCGUUCGCCCAUCCUCCGUCGGCAUCGCGGUGGGAGCGGUGGCUGGGGCCGCAGUCUAUGGAGCCGCCAUGUUCCUUGUUGCACGGAGGUACAAGAGGAGGAAAUCUGGCCACCAAAGGUCAAGCAGCAUGCAGUCAGGCAACCGUGGACCUCGUCCCGGCGAACAGUCAAACCUCAUGGUCGGCGCACGAGGCAGCUACGGCACCCGAUUCGGUGGAAGGACGUCCCGAACCAGUGAUCGCAGCAAUUCUCAACGAAGUGGACGGACGUAUAUUAGUCCUCCGGUAAUGGCUGAGAAUAGUUUGGGAUGGAACUGA